GAAUUGUAAUGUCUUUUUCACAAGACGUUAGAGGAAUAACUACUUCUCGUUGAUAUCUCGCAUCCGCGGCACAAACACCACCGGUGUUAACUUCUGGAAGGAACAAGUCAAAUCCAUGAUGUUGUUUAGAAAAGCCUCGUUCUCAGGAAAUCUCAUAAUCAAGGAAAUUAAACACAUAUGUUAUCUGGCUUAAUUAUAUCCAUUUUGAAAUCACAAAUGAAUCCUGCAAUCUGAUUGGUUCUUAGCAGGUUGAUUUCAGCCUAAAUCGCACCAUUUUUAAUUCUUAAUCGCACUCCUUUGAGGACCCAAUCACAAUGCAAAAAAAGUAAAAGGCAACCAAUCACAUUAAAGGAUUGUUUGUGGUUAACCAAUCAAACUACAGCAAAAAGGRCACACAAUUUAAAUUCAAUACUUGCAAGAACUGUCACAGUACAGACAUGAAAUGUGUGCAAUACCUUCCACUAUUUACUACAAAAUAGAAUUAAUUAAACAAUAGAAAACCAUAGAAUAAGCAUAAUUUAGCAGUAUUUAGUUGUAUUGCACAGUUUUAGUGUUUCUACUCUAGUAGCAAUAUGUCAGCAGCUUCCUCUUAACCACAUGACAUAAUUAAUUAGGUGACGAAUCUUCUCUUGUAAAUGUGUUUGGAUUUGCAAAGUGACAUAUAAUGGAGCAUUUCGAUGUAUUUCAAAGCUUACAAAACAAGAAAAAAUAUAUCAUAAAARAAAAGAAUAAAUAAACAAACGAGCAACAGCAGCAACAGAAAAAGAACAGAAAAGAUUCAAGCGUUUGCUGUAAACAUUUAAUCAGACACAACAAGCGUAACUAUGAGCAUUUCAAAAUGUACAUAGCAAUUCUUAAAACGACACUGAAAAACAUCACAUUGCGGGUCUUGCAGUCAUUUAAAUUUCAAAUAAGCCCAGCAGAGUUUGCAUUUAUUACGAGGACUCUUUGCAAGACGACCAAUCAUUACUCGAUAAAAAUCUGUUGUUAAACUAUUGACAUAUCAUAUUUAAAAUGGAAAUMUUUUGAAGUUGUGCCAAUAGCCACCUGAUUUUAACAUGUGCAGUACUCUUACCGUCAAUGCAACGUUAACGUCGAUUUUUGCAAUGCUGUAGAUUGCACGUUUAAAAUGUGUCGUCAUUUGAUAGGCAUUCUUUUAUCUUUCAUAUGGACAAUUGAAUCUAUAAGCGGACUUUAUCGURCUGUCAUUUCUGGAUCUACUGUCCCUGGUCAAGGUUAUGUUAAUCUCAUGGRGCAAAUAUUAAUAAAGCCUCCUCCAGGAAACCUAUCCAAACCUAUUCCGCCGCUAAUUUUUCUUCUCCCACCGCUAGAAGUAAAAGUYUAUAAUCAAAGACUGACGUGGACUCAGUUUACAACAUAUGCAAAGGUUGCAUGCAAAAUGGCCGGUUAUAAUGAAACGUAUUCUCCCGGUCUAUUUGGCUUCUACGAGAAGCAUACAUGGAAGGGAGGUACAAUGCUGUUGAGAAGCUGCCGUGGCAACGAAAAAUCAUUGUUUGAUUGUUAUUAUGAUCGAAAUGKUUGGUAUGCUUACAUCUAUGAUUUCAAGGUGAAUUGUUUGCCACCAGAUCCUAACCAUGUUCACGGAGYUUCCUAUCAAAUUUGGACAGACAAAGUCUUGUCAAGGCAUGACUCAAGUUGGAAGCUUUCAUCAUUAUUUCAGACUGAGCCGAACAAUUUUCAUAUUCAACCAACAUUUGAUGUUCAAUUCAGAGUAUCCACACAUCUGUGCAUAAAACUAUCUGCAUAUCUAAUGGUGAAAACUCCAGGGUCAUAUUCCGUUGGAGCUGCGUGUAAAGAUGGGUGUGAAGUAUGGUGGAAGAGGGUUGCAGAACAAGGGCUUGAUGAUGAAGGAACACAAACAGACAUGAUUAUUAAGACAAAAACAGCCUUGAAAGCAAACCAAUACGAGCAAAGUCCCGAUCAAAGCAAAACCCUACUUAUUACAUGUCAUCUGUACCAUCUCGAAGUUUACACSAGUCUGCCAUCACAAACAGGUGUGACAAAGUUCACAAACAUCGCGAUAAAAUCUGAUGGUGACAAUGUUUGGUCUGCUCCAAUACCAUCUGAUUUCUUGUACUGGAACARACCAGGAUCAAGGAAGCUUCAUUUUAAUUUGACCCSCAAYAUAAGMUCUCAAAUAAAACUUGGCUCCCAAUUCUCAAUAAAAGCUUUGUAUAAGUUUUGUUGUGUUGGACUGAUAUGUCCAUCAUGCCCAUUGACUCUGUCAUUGCACGCUUUCGGACAGAAGAUUUUGGUGAACAGUAGCUUGCAAAUGGACUGUAUCGAAUACCAAUUCAAUUACACCACUGAUGUUAUUCAACAGCCAGGAAACUACUCUAUUAAGGUCAGCUACUAUCUAAAUGGAGAUCAACGAUGGAUGAAAUGGCGUACAAUUGUUGAGAGAGUUCAACUGUCAGAGUCGAUAGUAUACAGCUGUGCGUUUAUGGAUUCUCCUGAUCAGCUUUGUUUGGCCAAAUGGAAAGUAUAUGGAAACAAUGAAAAUGUGACAAAUAGCACUUCCAUCAAAGUAGACAAAAAYUGCCCAAAAGCAUGUUUCUGUAAUGGUGUAAAGUAUCUUCAGUCCCCCCUUCUUCCAUGGAAGGAAGUUUUCAAACGCAUUAGUCUUUGUGUUGGCUUUUUGUAUCGUCUGCCAUCCAACGGUUCAUCUCAAAUUGAUGUUUACAUUGGACUGACAAGCGGAGAUCAGCAUAUUUGGUCAAUCCAAGGAUUUCAAGGGGAAUCUUGGAAAAGAGGCACUAUCCCAAUUCAACUCAAAGAGGCRUUCAAGAUAAUUUUCAAGAUGUCAUCGGUCAACAAUCUAAACGGAACAAUGCAUGGAAUACAGGACNAUCAUAACUGCUGUAUCUUAACGUUAAAGUUUGUCAUGAAGUUCAGAUAUCAUAUAUCUCAAAAGUGUAACAACCGAUGGACCCGUAAAGCAGAUGAGUUUCAAUUCGUAGCGCUAUCGUAA